GUAGUAGUAGUAGCCGCCGCCGCCGCCGCCGCCGCCUCUUUCCGGAGACCGCGAAAGGCCCGAAAGCCUCUGAGAAGAGAGCGGGGACGAGGCCGACCCGGCUGGUGUGGACUGCUCGGGAGAAGCUCCGGCGCCUGGCGGGGAAUUGACGGGCGCGCUCCCUACUGAGCGGCGGCGGCGGCGGGGGGAAGCGAUGCGCCGCGGUUGAUCUGGCCAUCCGGGCAUUUGCCUUCCCCGCUUCCCUCAGAGAGAGCCCCCCGCUUCCCGCUCCCGGCUGCCCUCCCUCCCCCUCCCCCGCGGAGCCCUCUUCAUCCGGGUAACCCUGUUUCUGCGCCCUCCUCAUCCGGGUAACCUGCGGGGCCCCCUUGGCCCUCGCCGUCCCCGGUGCGCGGCCCUCCGCCUCCCCUCAGGCGCUCCUCUCUCCCGGGCGCCUCUUCCUCCUCCCCGACCCGACCCUUGACCCACCUUCGCCCUGUCCGAGCGCCCGCCCCCUCGUCGUCGGGGCAACUGUCACCCCUCGCCCCCUUGAACCUUAAUCCCCGCCGGUCUCCGGGCCCUCCCCGCCCUCGCCAUGACUAUCCUGCCCAAGAAGAAGGCCUGCCCGGCAGCGGGGGACGGCGAUAGGGACCAGCCUGGCUCCCGAGGGGGCGACCCGCACUCGGGGCGCGGCGGCGCCCGCCCCCGGGCCUCGCCGCCGCCUCCGCCGCCCCGCUGGGGGCUGCCCCCCGCCGGCUCCCCGCCGCCGCCCAACCCCGGAGUCGGAGCCGGCGGCGACGGGCCCGGCCUCGGGCUGCUGGACCCCGGAGUGGCCGAGGCGCGGGGCGGGGUCGGGGGCGGCUGCUGCUCCGGCCCCGGGCACAGCAAGAGGCGGCGGCGCGGAGGGUCCGGCGGCGGGCUGGGAGCCGCGGGGCCCGGGGGAGCGGGAGGCAACAGCCCCGAGCAGGAUGAGGCCGGCGCCGGCUACAACAGUGAGGACGAGUACGAGACAGCGGCGGCCCGCAUCGAGAGCAUGGACCCGGCCACCGUGGAGCAGCAGGAACACAGGUUCGAGAAGGCGCUGAGAGAGAAGAAAGGGUUCAUCAUAAAACAGAUGAAGGAAGAUGGGGCCUGCUUGUUCCGGGCUGUGGCUGACCAGGUAUAUGGUGACCAAGACAUGCAUGAAGUGGUCAGGAAGCACUGUAUGGACUACUUGAUGAAGAAUGCCGAUUACUUUUCCAAUUACGUAACAGAAGAUUUCACCACUUACAUCAACCGGAAGCGGAAAAACAACUGUCACGGCAACCAUAUUGAGAUGCAGGCUAUGGCAGAGAUGUACAAUCGACCUGUGGAGGUUUACCAGUAUGGCACAGAGCCCAUCAACACUUUCCAUGGCAUCCAUCAGAACGAGGAUGAGCCCAUCCGAGUGAGCUAUCACCGCAACAUACAUUACAACUCUGUGGUGAACCCCAACAAGGCUACCAUUGGUGUGGGACUGGGGCUGCCCUCCUUCAAGCCAGGGUACGCGGAGCAGUCCUUGAUGAAGAACGCAAUCAAGACAUCCGAGGAGUCAUGGAUCGAGCAGCAAAUGCUAGAAGAUAAGAAGCGAGCAACUGACUGGGAAGCAACCAACGAGGCCAUUGAGGAGCAGGUUGCCAGGGAGUCUUAUUUGCAGUGGCUGCGUGACCAGGAAAAGCAGGCCAAACAGCCCUGCAAAGCCAGCGCUACCUGCAGCUCCGCCACGGCGGCUGCAGCCAGCGGUUUGGAAGAAUGGAGCGGCCGCUCUCCACGCCAGCGCAGUUCGGCGUCUUCCCCAGAGCACCCCGACUUGCACAAUGAGCUGAACGCUGCCAAGCCACCUUCCCCUGGGAGCACUGCAGCUCUAGCACUUACAAAGCCCCCCUCGCCGUGUGCUCCUGGUACAAGCAGCCAGCUUUCUGCAGGCGGUGGCCGAGCAACCCCUCCCUUAGUAUCGUUGUAUCCAGCCCUGGAGUGUCGGGCAAUAAUGCAGCAGAUGUCACCAACAGCAUUUGGCUUGAGCGACUGGGAUGACGACGAGAUCUUGGCUUCGGUGCUGGCGGUGUCACAACAGGAGUACUUGGAAAGCAUGAAGAAGAGUGCCCUGCACAGAGACAGUGGCUCAGACAAAAGUUGAUAAUUCGUUUGCAUCUCCUGUGUUCGCCUGACACCCCUUAGGUGCAUGUUUUGGCAGGAAGGAUGAUAAUACCUGGGACCCCUCCCCUCCUCUGCUGCUGCUGAUCAAAGCUCCUUCGGCUGCCCUUUUGCCCCGUCAUUUUUUGGCUCUUGGCAUCCAACCUCCAAUGUGCUUGGGGGAGAAGCGAGAGAAGGACUGGACCUCCUCUGCAAGGAGCUGGAACACGCACAAACUGGGGCAUGCUGGGCUUCCCCCUUCAUCAGCCCUUCCUUCAUUAUUGAAUAUAUCUAUAUAUAUGAUCCAAUCCUAAGUGAGACCUCCCCACUUUUGAAUGGGAGGGUUGCAGUUUGCUUAUAGGGUGGUGGGAAGGUGGACUCUUCCGGUUGGGUUUUGGAGAGCGGAGAGAAGCUCAGCUGCUUCUGUGGAAGCAGAGUGUGACUGCAGGGCCCACCAGGUUCCCUCACCCUUGGGAGCUGGGGAUAUAAUAAUGUUCAAGCAUGAAGGGGGUUGGGGGGGCUAAGCAGUGUGUUAACGGUUCUUUCACCUGCCCCCUUUUAACACUAGUAUCCUGGCUUCUAACGGAAGGGUCUUCAGUGGAGUGGGUCCCUAAACCUGCAACCAUUUGAAAUCACUCCGCCUUCAUCUCUGAGGAACAGCUGUGGUCAUCUACAGGAGGACCACCUCCGUGGCUGCUUUGUCUUGCUCCACGUGGCAGCCUCUCUUCUCUUUCCCACUUGGGUGUCAGUCCCUGUUUGUUCACGUGUGGCCCCUGACAUCUGGGAGUGCACCACAGGCUCCCGACUUUUUUGCCCAGCCGUGUGGUCUCCCUGACGCUCUGCUUGUUGGCUUUCUUGGCCUCUCCCGCUGCUGACUCUUCUAUUCUCCCUGUGCCUAGCAGCGGGGGAGGAGGGACGGGGGGGGGGGUUUGGAGAACACACCACUUGUCAUUCCAUGUCAGCACUUCCUAGGAAUGGGCCAGGCCUUUAGCUGCAUCGUGGAAAGGAGGUGUUGGUAACAAAAUGGACUCUGGCACAAGCUCAGAAGCUGUAGGCGACAACUCUGCAAUGUUGGGAAGGUCCCAGGUUGUCCUGUGAUGAAAGUAGACCUUGAACCCCACAGUUGGGACCCAUGCAAAUGGCGGGGGAACCUGUCCCACGAGGGACCUAGACUGUUGGCAGGCUGGCCUGAAGGUCAAUUAACUCCUAGAAAAGAAAGAUCUCUCCUCGUCCGAGUGUGGUGUCUUCCUAAUUACUGCUGUGGUUAUACAAUCCACCUAAUGUGGCCAUUUAUUUUUUAUUCUCGAAUCCUGGGUGUGAACAAACGUUUCUGCCUUCCCCAUUCAUGCAAGGGCCACAGCACCAGUGCACUCAACUACUCCUGCAGCUUCGUGUUGUGUCCAAAAUUCAUGAAGGGCCGGGAUUUGCUAAAGGUCCUUCCCCCUUGGCAUUGCUUUCUGAGGCUGCAGAGUGGCAGCUUUGAAAAGGGGUGGGAGGGAAGUGGGUAGGUAGUCUACUGCUUUAGGAAGACAGGUUUCAAAGUGGUAUUUGGUGCCUGAAAUAAAGUAUUGAUCUAUGCUCUACUUCUCUCUUCCCCCCCCCCAAAAAAAAAACCCCUUUGUGUUUCACCUGUGAGAGAGGUGCUUAACUUCCCUGUGCAGAAUGAGAAAAUGAAGCAAGAACAGGUGAGGAUGUACUUGAAGUAUGAAAACAAAGCAAAAUAUCCAAGCCUCUUCCUCUGAUGUGCUUUCUUGUUCCUACGAAACCCUUUCAUGGGUCGCCUUUCCUUGCUUCUCCAGGGAUCCCUUUAUGCUCAGCUCCCAUGAUUCCCCCACAAGAGAUGGAGCCACUGGUUAUCGGCUUCUUCGAACUGAACGGUGCACAUGGGCCACACUUGGAUGUGCCCUUUGACCCACUCCAUGUGCUGGUUUACUGCCAAUUAGAUAUUAAAAUUCCUUGACCAGAAAUGCCAAAUUCUGCAAGAUCGUUAUAAGCAGAAUAAAUCAUGUAAAUAUUG